GUUUCACGCAUGCGCAACCCGCCACUGAAGGAAGUACUGUGUGUAGUGAGUGAAGUGGGACGGGGCUUGACACGAAAUCUGAGAUUUAAUUCUAACAGUAGCCGCUCUCUGUCGUGAGGAUGUAACUCAUAUAACUUUUUUCAAGCAUGUUUUUCUUUGUAAGCGGCUCUUAGUUUUAUGAGGAACACCCGGGAGGCACACAGGACCUGCACAGCUCAGCCGGGGGGCCCUUCGAGAAGGUAACUUGGUUCAGAGGUACAUAAGCUAACAUAAUGUAGCAUGUUUCUCGAUAUUUUAAAAGCUUUACUUACUGUGCAGUAUAUACCUCACAGCAGUUACUUACCAAUCGGUGUGUUCACAGUGGUGCCUUGUUAUUUCAUUUGCACGUAUUUAAACAGAGCAGUCAAUUGUUUGUUUAUAACAGUGGCCAGGGUAUACUCAAAGUAUCUUGCUAUAAAAGCUAAUCUUCGGUGCGUUGUUUAGCAUGUAGCAACAACGAGAAAACCAACUGUCAAAUACCAAGUACAUCCGGUUUAGCUUUUCAAAAUAAAACCAAAUUUGAGCAAGGAGCACGUUACACAGUGAAUCAACAGCAGAAUAAAAUAAAAACACACAUGAUAGCUUAGUGUGGGGAACUUUCCAUCAAAUAUACUGUGAGUUACGCAUUAUUAUUAAGUUUCCGUGAUCUCUAAGAUCCCGGUUCGACUGUUGGAAACAUGUAUUUCCGGUAGGUUCGGUCGAGCUGCAGUAACUUGAUGUAUUUUGAUCCUCCAGCCAGAGUGGCGCCGCUAGCAAACCAUGGAGAAAACCCAACUGUAACUAUUAAAACUUCACUUUUUAUUCGAAAUAAACUGUCCUCCGUUACUCGAAACCAAGCUGCUAAUGUUUGAGAUGCCGUUAAUUCGUGAUCAUGGAUGUUUUGUAAGCCUAAUUUUGAAUUAUACAGUUUAUAACUUCGCUAACUAGUACGUAACGUUAGACGAAUUUGCGUGUCUCUGGAUCAUGCCAUCUGCCAGUCAGGCAGAGUUAAAAUAAAAACACGGUGUGAUUUAAUUCUCCCCUUUCGAAAACGAAUGAAGUUUAACUGCAAAGUAACAGAAACAGAUAGCUCGCAUUAAAAUGCAGCAUAGAUAACAUCUUUAGGUCAGCUAUCUCAGCUACAAAUUCUGUCGUGUUGCUAAAUAAUCUGACCAACAAGUACCAGCCAUUUGUUUGAACGAUUUUACAGAGGUGUGGAUAAAGCUUAUCGAGUUAUUUACAAUCUCUUGUAGCAGGAGUGGAAAGCAGAUAUAUUUACUUAAGUUUCUGUAAUUGAGUAGCUUUUUUUGAGUGUCAACUUAAAUCGACAGAUUUUAUUCCAAUUCAGAUUACCUACACUUAUCAAGUUUUUGUUGAUUAGUUUCUUUAAAAAGUAUUGUACCUCCUCUCAGAAAAUGUUGCUUGUUUCAGCCAUUUUUACCCAUUCCAAUCACUUAAAUCCUCAGUUUUGCUUUAUGAUAAGCCUCCAUGUAGAGCCAAGAAUGACUCAAGAAUGCAAGGACCAUCUAAAAAGUGCAAAACUAACAACAACAACAAAGCUAGAAAAAUAUUCAAUAACUAAUUCAGGUAGGUGUAGCAUCUAAAUCAAAUUUACAGUUGCAUAAUACAGACAUACAAAGAGACAUUAAAGGACAAAGGAGCUUAGAGUUGAGUUAGGAAAAAAGAAAAAUAUACGUAUGUACAUGAGUCACAAAUGCUGCUGGUGAUAUUACAACAGUUUAUGAAAAUAUGCUUUGAGAUAAAUUGAAGGAUAUAUGUUACUAUGACACCAACAACUCCCUAGGUCUUAAAUAAUUACUCGGUACCUUAACCUUAAUCUAAACCCUAACCUUGUACUUAUGCACGAGUAGAUUAACAGGCUGGUAGUUAUACUCUUACCUAUGUUCGUAAUCCUUACAACUGAAAAAUACUCACAGGUGUUCGUAGGUAUUACACGAUCAGGAUUUUUGGGGCCGAUCACCGAUUAGUCAGUUUGAAUAAACCAGUAACGGAUCACGUGAGGGAGUAAUAUGUCUACUGCAUGCACUUAUCUACUGUUUACUGGGUUUAACAAAGUACUCUGAAGCAUUUUUUUUGCCAAUGUAUGACAGUUUUACCCCAGACUGACUGAGAUAAAACAGUUAAACACCAAUGACCUCUAAGGGCAUCCAUGGCUCUUGAUAUGGGAAUACACAUCCCGAUGUAGCUCAGUUAGAGCGGUAUCACCACUUGCUUGUGUUUUAUCUCUAGUUCACAUUGAAGAAUUUCUGCACUGCCAACAUGUUUGCUGGUAUCUGAUGUAUACGACAUUAUUAAAAAAAACACAUUUAAACUAAUGAGACCUGACUGUUUUGCUUUGUUUGUUUGUUUAAAGCAAAAACAACCAUCUCAUUGGUUUAAAUGUGUUUUUUUGUGGCAUUUGUUUUGAGCCUGUCACUAUGUGAUGGACAAUAAAGUUUCCUGAAGCGUGAAUCAUUACUUAGCAACAUCGUCACAAGCAAACAAACAUGUACAUGCAGUAAAACAUCUCUGGAGUAAAUGAAACAGAUCAAACACAAACCAUCUGCAAACUAAUUCGAAAAACAUUUCAAAAGGACAAUUAUUCCAUUGAUCGCAUCAGUUAAUUAAGACAUUACGGCCGAUCAUACAAAUUGCAUAAAUUGCAAAGCCUAGGUGCUUGACAUAUGAAUAUUGUAUAGAUAGUUAAGAGACCUAUAAAGUGUUCUUAUUCUAACAAUUUAUAACAUCACCACAAAUGACAUUUUUUUACAAUGGCUAUUAAGUUUAAUCAACAUCUUUUUAAACCUCAUAAAAGAUAUUCUCUCCUCUCUUUUCAGAUCUUUUUAUCCUUCCUGCCUGAAGAUAGUCCUAUAUCCAGUUUCCUUAUUAUGUGAAGCUGCAUGAACAACAAACACGUUCUCAGAAGUAUCAUCCAGACACGGGAGACAAGAUGUCCAUCACCAACACACCUACCAGCAACGACGCCUGCCUGAGCAUCGUGCACAGCCUCAUGUGUCACAGGCAGGGCGGUGAGAGCGAGACAUUUGCCAAACGAGCCAUUGAGAGCUUGGUGAAAAAGUUGAAGGAGAAAAAGGACGAGCUUGACUCCUUAAUCACAGCUAUCACUACCAACGGCGCCCAUCCCAGCAAGUGUGUGACCAUCCAGAGGACACUUGAUGGACGGCUACAGGUACGACACUACUACUUCAUGUAUAUAUUACAGAUUUAUGAACAUGUCAGAGUGAACAUAUGCAAUAAAGUGUAAAGAAAAUAAAUAGUAUAGAGAUAUCUACAUAAAGCUUUUAGAUGAAUUGAUAAAUGAUUCACAGCUGUAGGUAUAAAAACUGCUGGCUGUGAAAAUGCAACGAUCAGAAGUUUGUGUGUAAGUGUUCAAUCAUGCCUUUCAUCACAACAGUGGAAACUUUGCUUGACUGGUUUGUAAAGAUGGGUUAUUGACGCCCUAAUUCAGCACUUUUGUUCUUUUCCCAUGUUUUUGUUUUUCCCUAGGUCGCUGGCCGUAAAGGGUUUCCUCAUGUAAUCUACGCCCGGCUGUGGCGAUGGCCUGACCUGCAUAAGAAUGAACUGAAGCAUGUCAAAUACUGCCAGUUUGCCUUCGACCUCAAGUGUGACAAUGUGUGUGUCAAUCCUUAUCACUAUGAGAGAGUGGUGUCCCCUGGCAUAGGUGAGGAACAAGUCAGGAUCUCCAGUUUGUCUUAAUAUCAGUGGAAGUUUAUUUAAAUGGAGUCCACUCAAACUUUACAGAGAUUUUAUUUUCAAGUUUAAGUUCUGUGUGUCUUUUAAUGUUUGGAAGUGAUGUGAGAUCAGAUGGUAUCUUUAAAAAACAAUCUGUGAAAUAGAUUUUGUCAUAAUUAAACAAGUUUUUUUGUUGUUGUUGCUGUAAAUGGACAUUAUAAUAUCAUCCUUAAGAUUUUGUAUUAACAGUCAUUAAGGUGCAUCAUAAUACAGCUCUCUUCUGGCUGUCGUAUUAGGAGAAAACAGGAAAAAUUUCAGUGAAUCAGCGAGCAGAUCAAAUAUGAAUCAGGUUUUAUCAGUGAUUUCUGUUUCACAUUUUCGUCCUUUUUCAUGGUCCACAGACUUAUCAGGACUGACACUGACUCCGUCUGGAACCAGCUCAGCGUUGAUGGUGAAAGAUGAGUAUGAUUUUGAUGGACCCCAGAGUCUACCCUCCAUCGAGGGAGGGCACUCCAUCCAGACCAUCCAGCACCCCCCAUCAGGCAGCCGCCCUGCCCCUUCUGAACCAUUUGCCACUCCCAACCUGCUUCCACCUGCCGAGGCUUCCACUUCUGCUUCUACAUCGUCCUUCCCUGCCCUCGCUGCUGGAUCAGGCAGUAAGUUACUUUUGAAAUGUAGUUAUCUGAAUUAUGUUUAUAUUCUUAUUGUGUCCCCGUAGUCUGCAUUUUAGCAUGUCUUAAGUCUUGUUUUGUCCAUUUUGAGAACUGUUUUCAUUAAAAUCAUGAACAUUUUAAAACAGUUCUUCUUUGUGUGUGUGUUUGUGUACCAGUUUAUCAAUGUGACCUUUAUAUUUGUGUGCUUUUUUUGUCAUUCUGUGAAUUUCUGACUUUUAUUUUCUUCUCUUGUCCAGGUGCCAGCUCAACCUGGUCAAGGAACAGCAGCUUCACCCCCAACAUACCCCACCACACCAACGGUCAUCUUCAGCACCACCCUCCGAUGCCACAUCCCACACACUACUGUAAGAAGCAACUCCAACUGGAUAUCUGUCCACUAAUAAAAUCACAUCUUUUAUUUUUUUUUAAAUAUAUUUUAUACACUUAUCUGACUGUUAUAAUUCUUUCAAUGGAUGAUUGCUCUUUCUGUUUCUCUCAGGGCCGGUACAUAAUGAGCUUGCCUUUCAGCCGCCGAUAUCCAACCACCCAGGUAAGAAAACAGAGACUUAACACACUUUAAGACUCACUAACAUAUGUGAUCAACUGUAGUCAUCUGGUUUUGUGUAUGGAAAAUGCUGAUUGUCUUCUUAUGUGUAAAACUAUGACACUUUCUAACAGGAUAAAAAGAUAACCAAUGCUGAUGUGUUCUGAUUUCGCUCCCCUACAGCUCCUGACUACUGGUGCUCCAUUGCCUAUUUCGAGAUGGAUGUUCAGGUGGGGGAGACAUUUAAAGUGCCCUCCUCUUGCCCCAUUGUAACAGUGGAUGGCUAUGUUGACCCCUCUGGAGGAGACCGGUUCUGUUUGGGCCAGCUCAGCAACGUCCAUCGCACUGAGGCCAUUGAGAGAGCAAGGUGACCAUGAAAACUCUCAAAUCUGUUGAUGCAGUCAUAAAUCUCUAAAAAUAUAAAGUUGAUUGGCACUUUUAUAUCUUGUUAUGAGAUUUGUGUUAGUCUAAGAGAGCAGCUAAAAAAAUAAUGUUAACACUGUAGAUGGAUGUAAUAAAGACAGAGAAGAUUUGUAGCAUAUUAAGGGUAACUGUGAUGUUAAAACACGACAUUUCUGUGUGUAUUACAGGAUACAAACAAUACAUUUUUGUGUAAAUAAUGCUACAGUUGCUGUCUUUAUUCCCCUGCUGUCUCCUCACCCAGGCUUCACAUCGGCAAAGGGGUUCAGCUAGAGUGCAAAGGCGAGGGAGACGUGUGGGUACGAUGCCUUAGUGACCACGCAGUGUUUGUGCAGAGUUACUACCUUGACAGAGAGGCAGGGCGAGCCCCUGGAGACGCUGUGCACAAAAUCUACCCCAGCGCUUACAUCAAGGUAAGGACAUGGCUCUGUGGACUCUGAGAAAGAGGACAUCACUUAAGGGUGACAUUUUAUGAAAUGUUAAUUGUCCUCUCUUGGUAAACUCUGGAGUGACAGCUUCAAACAUCUGUUCAUGCAGCCAUCUCAGGCUUUCUGCGCUUUUUGUCUUGCACAGUUUCCCACACUCUAACAGUAUCUCAACCUCUUCUCAUUAAUGAGAAUAAGUAAUCCCCACUGUGGUGGUUACGUUUCCUCAGUGUGGGGGGUUAAUUGCUGCUGAAUGUUCAGUGUUUACAGUCUGCUCUCUCCCACCAGGUGUUUGACCUUCGUCAGUGUCACAGGCAAAUGCAACAGCAAGCCGCCACCGCUCAGGCAGCAGCUGCAGCUCAAGCAGCCGCUGUGGCUGGAAAUAUACCUGGACCGGGCUCAGUAGGAGGGAUAGCUCCAGCCAUAAGUAAGACACUGAUACCACAAAUAAAGAUGUACAUUCACGUGUAUUGUCUGUGUGAUGUAAGUUUAGUGUAAACCUAAUAACCAGUAAGUACACUGUGAUGUCAGUGUGGAAGCAGCAACCACGCAAAUAGAUUUUCAUCAGGAACAACAAGGUCAAAAUUGAAGAUGAAUGAGGACUGCCUUAAAGAACCAAAUGUUUGCUCAUUUUAUUGCCGAAGUUAUUGUUUUAACUUGGAUUUAGUAUUGGGUGGUAUGAACAAAAAUUUAUAUCAUGGUAUGAGUCAUUUCAUAUCAUGGUAACGGUUUAUAUCAUGGUAUGUUUUUCCCCCCUGUAAAUUCAUUUAAUGGUUUAAUAAUAACCAUACUGUCACAUUUGUUCAUUUUCCUUUUAUUUCUUAACUCGGACUUGUAAACAAAUGCAAAGAAAGUGUCAGACCAGUCUGGCGAUUUUAUUUAUCAUGUGGCGUACCUUUGGCGAAAGACUCUGCCAAGCUCUUUUGUAUGAGAGGAGCUGCUGCAGCUUUAGUUUUUGGUGCAGCAGGUGCAUCACGCAUCUUUUGGCUCUCAUGAUAGAGCUUGGCGUGUUUCAUCUUUAGGUGGUGGAAGAGGUUGCUGGUGUUUCCACCUUCAGCAACGACAGCCUGACAACACUCUUUGCAUAGUAUUGUUUUUUGAUCAUUGUCAGAUUUUCUAAAUCUGAAGAAUAUCCAGACCACUGAUGUCGCAACUCGCACCCCUUUUCGGAACGAGGUUCCUCCACCUCUUCCUCAUGUUGGUUGGGUCGGGCUGCCUCCGUUUGCUCAGUACUGCCGCUAAUCUCUGCGUUGGCCAUGACGACCACCAGUGAAGCUGUUUCCUGUUCGUCUAAAAUAUGCCAAGCAGUCUGCUGGACACGCUGUUGAUUAUAGGGAGCGCACCCAAACCUGACCUAUCAAUCAGAGUGAACCAAUUCCACACGACACGCUGAUGAAUAUAUUGAAAGCACUAAAAACGAUGUGCUCGGGCUUUCCUGUUAGAGAGCGCAGACAACUACACACUCACUUAGAGAGAUGCAGCAGACAUACGCUCUCUCUCUCUGGUAUAAAUGGUAUAGCAAAAUUUCUACUGGUAGACACUUUUAUACCGUCACGCAGUAUAUACCAGCAUACCACCCAGCACUACUUGGAUUUAUUCAUUUUUUAAAUUAAAGAUGAGCGGUUAAUAGAAGGGCUUUAUUUGAGUUUGAAUCCUCAGUUGAAACCUGACUAUGACCACGUCUCUUCUCGUCCUCUCAGGUCUGUCAGCAGCAGCUGGUAUCGGCGUAGACGACCUCCGUCGGCUGUGUAUCCUCAGGAUGAGUUUCGUCAAGGGCUGGGGGCCCGACUACCCUCGUCAGAGCAUCAAGGAAACGCCAUGCUGGAUCGAGAUCCACCUGCAUAGAGCUCUACAGUUACUGGAUGAAGUUCUGCACACGAUGCCUAUAGCAGACCCGCAACCUCUGGACUGAGCUCUUUUUGAACUGCAACACCUCACUUCAACUUAGCGUGAAUAGUCUUCCUCAUUGAACUGGUUUGCAUAGAAACUCCAGCUGAACAUCUGAAGUUGUCUCACAGUAAGGAAACACUUGCGAGUGUGUCUGAGGCAACUUCAUGCACUGUGGCUCCUAUUUGUGCUGUUGAAACAAAGGUGACACUAAAAUGAACCAAAGCCAUGUACUGAAGUUGAAUUUAUCUGCGCUUUUGAUACAUGGCUUUGACUUUUGAAGACUGGAAUUAUGAACUUCGGCUAGAAAACGACACAACAGUAUUUACAGCAGUCGUAAAGAUUACUCUGCGCCCCCUGAGGUCCACAAAGAUCAAAUACAUCUGGUUUUGAAUCUACUGAACAGUUCAUGUCAUUAUAGAGCUGCUGGUUUCUGUUUUGUCGACUUUUCUUCAAGCUGUUACCACUGUUGUCGAGCAAGUUCAGCCAGCUAAGUGGCUGAAAAUCAGCGGCUGUGCUCGACGGGGGAGGAUCACUGUUCAAAUAUUAUAGAAAGAAGUGACAUACCACCAAGCCAACCAUCAACCCCUGUACUAAAACAAAGUUAAGUAAAUGAUCGAGUCCAUGUUUGGACCCUCGGAGACUCCCUAUCCGCUUGGUGGUGUCUGUUAAUUCAAUCCCAUGAUAAGUCACACACUGUCAAUUAAACAGGAACUUGGAGUAAAUGUGGAGUUCCCAGUCGAGGUGUUGGUCUUGACUCACUCAGAGACCCCGUUCAUACUUGAUUUUUAAGUUUUGGAGUAUCAGAUCAAAAGUUGACAACCCUUGACUCAAGCGUUAAUGUGAUUCGUUUGUUCAAACCUCUUGCCAGGGCAGCCUGUAAAGCAUUUGAUUGUGGAUCUUUUUGGGGUAAAAGCUGAUGCAGUCCCCUGAAAGAUGAAACAUGAAAAAAAAAAGACUCCAUGAAUUAAUGAAGAGAGGAUAUGGUGAAGUGUAAGUCACAAAAGUCUGUUUUUAGCCACUCUCAACAGGUGUGAAAUCCCAAUCAUGUAGAAUAAUCCUUGAAAAUUCAGCGUAAGACGUCGGGCGUGUUUCGCUUUUAAUAUCCAGAUGUAUCUUUGCAUGGAGUCCCAAAACCUUAAAGAGGAGAAGCAUCAAUUAUACAAACAGUUGUGGGCGGCUUUGUGUCCGUUUCAAAUCUCGUGUUAUAACAGGGUGAAAGUGAAGAUGAGACGCUGACUCAUCAUUAUGGGUCACUUUUCAGCAGUCUGUUUCAGCUAUUACAGUUUGAAGGGGCGUCCUGUUUUAUGCCGUGUAUCUUAGGAAGCCUCUUGUGAGCUUCCUGACUUUCCUUACUUUACCUGAGAGCAUUAGAGGAAACAGCUGUGAUUAAUCCAGAUUAAAGUAAGAAAACAGGGAAGGUACGGGCAAUUGAUAUUAGGAGUCUGAGAUGUGACUGUUAUAGAAAAAGUGUAACAGGGUUGGUUGAUCUUCUGGCGAACCAAAAUCCCCGACAUACUCAGUGAAAAUAAAGGACAUGUUUAUCCAUUUUAAUUCAAUAGAUUUUUAUCUCAAGCAUACCCAACAACAUCAAUCAUAGUGUUGAAAUAUCUUAUGACUUGCAGCCCUCUUAUAUACUACUUGAUCCAGGUGUAUUGUUGUGUAUAGUUUACUGACAGAGGUAUGAAAAUUGACAGUAUCCCAGCAUUGAUAUAUUUUCAUGGUUUUAUUUUGUUACUUUUAAGAACUGAAUUUUAUGAUAUUUGUAGCACUUUACUUUUUUUCUCGUUUGUAAUUCGAAAACUUAUUUUGAGGUGGUCUUCCUGCGAUAUGAAUAAGGGAAUGAAAAAGUAAAGGCUGUGUUUUUUGUGUAGGUUUUUGAGCAGAGGACACAUUGUGAUGCAUUUGUGUUAAAAACAUAUGUAACACUAAAGCCACCUUUUUAAAACCAGAUUAGACUCUCUCGAGGCAUUUACACACAUCUGUAAUGUUUUUUUUUUUUUCUUUUUGAUGCCGUCUCUCCCCCUUUAAUCUGUGUAAAUAACUGAUUUUGAAAAGCAUGUCAGUGUUUGCAUGAAUUUUAAAGGCAGAUAGACCCUUGUAUCCAUCGCUCUUGUUUUCACAUAGAGAACUUCACUUACCCUGCUUUACACGGGGACAUGUGGUCUGAUGGUGUGUUGUGUUGCUGAUAUAUCAGGGCAACAGAGGCUGCACAGAAAUAACUGAUCCACUCAAAAUUUUACUAAAGGUUCUGAAAGAAUUCGACUUUUCCACUGGAAAUAAAAGUGUCUGAAAACUUCAGUUAUUUAUGUGCAGUCCUACGAGUAUAAAAAGCAUGUUUGACAUGAAUGAUUUGAUCAGAGCACAACCUCCCCUCCUCCGUCUCCUCUCCUCUAACCCAGCUGCAUGUAAUACAUUCGGUUUCUCUGGUUUUACAGGCUUUUUUUUUUGACGGAACACAUAUUGAUUAGUUUCCUAACAUCUUUUAUGCUUCUUCUUUUUUUCACAUCAAAUUGCCACACAGCAGAUUCCUUUUCUGCCUCUGGACGUGUUGUGUUUCGUACAAAAAUGUCAUGGUGGUUCAUCAAACUUGAGGUAAAAUUCGGGGUCAUUUCAGACGACUGACCCUCUUACUUACCCAACUGCUUCUUCAUUGGUCCUCUCUGAUUUUUUUUUUCCACUUUUAUUAGAGUACCAUUUGAUUGAAAAAGUCUGCCCUACAUCAGGGAUUAAGAGAGUCCACUUUGGGAUUUAUUGACAGAAGUAAGCAUUCAAUGAUCAAACGGCAGGAAGCAGGAUAUUUUAUGGUCCUAUGUUACUGAAAGAAAUGAUGCUGGAGACGUUAUCUGUUAUAUUCUUUUGUGCUCGAAAGUGAACAGAUGUUUUUUAUAUUACUUGCAGUUAUUGUAGAAGCCUAAAGACACAGCUCAGAAGGGCUGUUGUUGACUACUAUGGCAGAUUGCAGAUAUAAAUUUUACCUGUAUUUCUUAUGUGAGAGUCUGAUAUUAAACAUGGAGUUGUAUUCUCUAAGUGUGACCUGCUUAUUUUUACAGGAGUGUAACUUCUUCAACUAACGGUUGGUGGUUAAACAUGAAGAACUGCAUCCAACAUUCACAAGUCGAUAUUUGACAUGUAAUUACAAAACAGUUAACACGUUUAUUCUUAUACCUUAAGCUCCUGUGAGGCACUCUCUAGUUUGUAGACAAAGCAGUAUUUGCUUCAAAUAAUCUCAUCCUGCUUACUUUUGACUCUCAAAUGUUUAAUUUUUUGUGAAUAUUUUAUGCAGAAAUUUGACAAAUAAAGCUACCUCUGUAGCUGCUCAGCUGACACCUACCCCCGGCACCUGUUUAAAAAUUAGGAUAUUAAAACCAUCAGUCUAGUUUGCUUUCAGAUCUCAUGAAAAGGCAUCAAAAGGAAUUUCAGUCUAUUUAACGAACCUUAAAAAAAACUCCUGAUUGGAGCUUUAAAAUGAACACAGUGAAGCAGAAUCUCUCUGUUGGACUAAAUAUCAGUACUUCUUGAUCACUGUACUUAUAGUGCUCAGUAUAAAUGAGUACAUCCCUUCAGAGUAGUCAGAAAAGCUUUAGUUUCUUUUAAAAAUCAACAUUUUCUAUGUCAGACCAUACAACAAGUUACUCCCCCAGAUGUAGGCCAUUGAUUGCAAACAAGAUUUUUGAAGUUGCAUACAAAAAAAGUUUUUUUUAUUUUUCAAUUUAAUGUCAGGAUGCAAAAUUGAGUACACCUCAAUUAAAGUUCUGGGAGCAAAGCUAAAUUUUAGUUACCAUAUCACCCUUAUUUUCAUCUUAUGGUAAAUACAAUGUUUUGUUAAACUCAGCUUUUUCACAACUUUGGAAAUUGUACUUUUGCUCAUCUAGAUAUUCAAUCAGUCAGUCUUUCUUUAUACAGCCCUUUUCAUUCAAAAAAGAUGUAGCACAAAGUGCUUUACAUAGCAGAGAAAUAAAAGAAAAAGAAAAACCUAAUCUACCCCAACCCAACCCCUAAAUCCCACCCCACAAUCUAAGAUCAAUAGAAAUGUGUAUUAAAAUGCAUGAACUUAAAAAGGGCUCAGUUCAAGAAUGUGCGCACUGAGGAAACACCAUUUUAAAAUUCAAGGUAAGGAAACACUUGAGGUUUAAAAUCUAAAAACAAAGUAACAUAAGAUGAAAUUGAGUCAUAAAUUACUUUUAAUAGGGGGUGUGUAAUAGGGGGCACUGUAUAUUUGGUACACAAACAUUCCUUACUGUAUAUUACCUGUAUUCAUCCAUUCAUACUUAUAAUAAAAAGAGAUGAGAACUGCAUGUGCACAUACUGUAUAUUACUUUUUUACCAGAUGCAUUGAUGAUCAGCCUUAUGGAUAAAGACCAGCGUUGUGAUAGUAAGUCCAGGUAACAACAGUUUCAACAUUAUUUAAUAUACCAAGCGCAGGUGUACACAUAAUAAAGUCCCACAGAUGCUUUGCUUUGUGUUCUAGCUCAUAGAUUCCCUAUUAUUCAAUCACAUUACCGGGUCAGACCUUACUGUAUCUAUACUGUAUUAUCGUCCACUUCAUGUGAGAAUAGGUACAGGUGCAGACAGCACUUCUGAUGGCUGAAUCCCAUUAAGCUCCAUCAGUAACAGGGUCUUCGUAUUGUGAAUCCUGGCACACUGUCACAGCUCUAGGGGAUAUCUGUGGCUUUCAUUCUGUGAAAAGUCAUCAAUUCUGUAAAAUGGCCUUCAUUUCAGCAGAGCUCUACCACCUACAAUCUUUGUAAAAAUGAUGUCAACCACGUUAUUAAAAGCUGAAUGAGCUGGGCUUUUAGUGGCUGAAUCACAGUGACAGUCAUAGACAUGCAGUGUUGCCAGCUCUCUACCAUUCAACUGCUAUCCUCCACUAGCCCAAUUAUGCGUACUUAACAUGUUUUAUGUGACGGUGAAAUGAUUUAAAUCUUUCAAUCACACUCUGUAUACUGGCACAAACAGACCACUCAUGCUGAUAGAUUUAAUUUCAUUUUAAGGAGUUGCCGUGGCGAAAUAGGCACAAAAUCUGGCUGCACUGUGUGGAUUUGGGCUGCAGAGUGCAGGAAUAAAAACACACGUUUAAUAUUUGCCCAAAC